CUGUCAAACAAUAAUUUCAUGUCAUCGUUCACAACUUGCAUUUCAUCGUUUCUGCUUAUAAAAUUUAAUUUGAUAUAAUAAUAUUUCAAAAUGUAUUCUCACAAUAAUAUCUUUCAAACGGAAUUGUGGAAAGGAGGGCCAGCUCCUGGACAAUUUUAUAAUUUUCCCGGAACGAACUACAACAAUAGUAACGCCGGUGGUUUCACAGCUCCUGAUCUAUUUGGGUCCAAACGUUCAUCAUCACCGAUUACUACAGGCACCUCAGUGAUUGGAGUGAAAUUCGAUGGUGGCGUUAUGAUCGCUGCCGACAAUCUCGUCUCUUAUGGCUCUUUAGCACGAUACCAAGAUGUCCAACGUGUUUUCAAGAUUAAUGAAAAAACUAUUAUCGGUGCUGGUGGGGAUUUCGCCGAUUUUCAGAGCCUUAAAAGAAGUAUAGAUCAAAAGAUGGUUGAAGACAUGUGUUAUCAAGAUGAUAUUGAUAUGAAACCCAAGUCGCUUUACAAUUGGUUAACACGCAUUCUUUAUAAUCGUCGCAGUCGUAUUAACCCAUUGUGGCUGGAGAUGGUUGUUGGCGGUAUGCAAGAUGGUGAGCCAUUCUUAGGUCAUGUUGAUCUUCGUGGGCGCGCUUAUGAAGACGAUGUUGUUGCAACUGGCUUUGGCAAACAUUUUGCUUUGCCAUUGGUACGUGAACAAAUUUCAAAUGGAGAAGUACUCACCCUAAAUCAAGCAUCACAAGUGCUGCGAAAAUGUAUGGAAGUUUUGUACUAUCGCGAUUGCCGUGCUAUAUCCAAAUAUUCCGUGGCAGUUUCCACAGCUCAAGGCACUAUUGUCCAAGGACCUUUCGAAGUUAACCAAAACUGGGCACUCGCUACUAUGAUUAAGGGCUAUUAAAUAAAAAUAUAUAUAUAUAUACUUAUUACUAAACGGAAAUAAACAAAUUAUUAUUAUUUUCUAAAC